AUGGGCAGGGAGCACCGAUGUUCUCCGGAUCCCGUGGAUCACUACUACAAGAGCAGUUCGACGAAAAAGCCACUCCAUCGACGAAAACACUCCUUGUUGAGUGCGGCAUGCAGUGGUCUGCAUCUCGAGACGGCACGGUUUAUCUUGGACAUGCAGCCUACACCCGGUUCGGUCGAUUUCAACCAGUCGGACCGUGAUAAAGCGCUGCUGGCAGCUGCUGGGGCUCUUACUAAUCUUCCUCCUGAAAGUCUUUUCCCUGAAGCUCGAAAAUCUGAGACACUCGUUGAUUUCGACCAUGAUCACUGGAAGAGCGAUCUAAUCGCCCGUGGCGAGGAAUUAAUACACUUGCUCCUGGACGGCGGUGCAUCUGCCCAGGCGGUUGAUCUCCCCACCAGUGAGAUUCAAUGGGCGAGUUGGAUACUCUGUGGUGGCUCUGCAGUCGAAGACAAUGAUAAUGGAAGUCAAGCACUACAAUCUUUCGGUACAGUUCUUGGUUUAGCUUCUUCUAGAGCUAGUCCUGCGCUAGUCAAACGACUCAUUGACCACGGGGCCAAUAUCCACGCGAAAGAGCAGUUCCAGCAUCACGGCUCAUCUAGCUUGUGGUCUGAUAGGCUAAUGCCUUGGAUACUUCAAUUCAUAUCAGCAGCAUAUGUUGGAAUUUGGAGGCCCUUCACACGCUUCUUGGUCACCACGGGGGCGAUAUCUCAGGAUCACUGUCCUAUCGCGAUAGUAAGGGGCGCCUUCCACUUCAUUACGUAG